CAUUUGUAUGUAAACUCCCUUAAUAUUUUCACUUUAUUUUAUAAAUGACUUGAUUUGUUUAUUAUAUUUAAUUAAACACUGUUUGAUGCUUCAGCACAGAUUGUAUCUUGUUAUAUCAAUAUAGCCAGGCUACAAGAACUGAACUGAUGUCACUGAGCUGAACUGAACAAGAGAACUGACAACUGAACACCCUCGCGCGUGAUCGUUGCCACAGCAACCAACGCAAACAGUUGAAGUGCGCACCCAAAGUAACACUGUGAAACGAUGCCUGUGCCACAAAAAACUGGGGCUGCCAAAGCCAAACAGGGGCCGAAUUCCUUGCCCAAGGCCACUGCUUCAAAGGGAACCAAAGCGGCGAGCAAGAAAAAGGAUGAUGAGGAUGGUGCAGACUUGGGUGAAGGGGGUGAGGACUGGACACAAGGGAAAACUUUGGUGAAACCCCCGGACCAGCUGGACCUGACUGAAGCAGAGCUGAAAGAGGAAUUCACGAGGAUCCUGACAGCCAACAAUCCUCACGCUCCACAGAAUAUUGUCCGCUACAGCUUCAAAGAGCGCUCUUAUAAGGCCGUCAGUAGCGUUGACCAACUGGCAGUUCACUUUGUCCUGGACGGAAAUCUUCUUCAUAGGGACUCCGAUGAGGCUCGCAGACAGAGGGCCAAGCAAGGCCUCCCAGAAGAAAAUCCCAUGGAUGCUGCAGUGGAGACAGACGAGGAGAAAACAGAGACUCCGGCCGCCGAAGCAGAGGAGGAAGCGGGUGAGGAGGGCGGAGCGGAGGAGAGGCCCGACAGCGUGGAGGUCAAGGGCGGCGGCCAGAAGGCGGCCAACCAGUUCAACUUCAGCGAGCGAGCCUCCCAGACGCUCAACAACCCCCUCAGGGAGAGAGAAUGUCAGACGGAACCCCCUCCUUGUGCAAACUUCUCAGCCACAGCCAAUCAGUGGGAGAUCUAUGAUGCUUAUUUGGAAGAGCUGCAUAAACAAGAGAAGAUUAAGGAGAAGCAGAAAGCUCUGCCCACAAAGAAAGAUGAGGACAAAGGCAAGAAGAAGAUGAUGAUGGUGGAAAUGCAGAGUGAUGACAUCAGUAAAGUGUCAAAGGCGGCAAAGAUUGUGGAGCGCAUGGUCAACCAGAACACAUUUGACGACAUCGCCCAGGACUUCAAGUACUUUGAGGACGCCUCAGACGAGUUCCGGGACCAGGAGGGCACCCUGCUGCCGCUGUGGAAGUUCCAGUACGACAAAGCCAAGAGACUGGCUGUCACUGCCCUCUGCUGGAAUGAAAAUAACCGAGACCUGUUUGCUGUAGGCCUUGGCUCGUAUGAUUUUACUAAACAGGGCCGAGGCAUGCUCCUGUUCUACUCCCUAAAGAACCCCACCUACCCUGAGUGCACCUACCACACCACCACCGGCCUCAUGUGCCUGGACAUCCACCCCAAGCUGCCACAUCUGGUGGCCGUAGGCUUCUACGACGGCUGCGUGGGCGUCUACAGCCUGAAGGAGGAGGGCACCCAGCCCAUCUACAAGAGCACUGCUAAGUCUGGCAAACACACAGAUCCUGUUUGGCAGGUGCGCUGGCAGGGCGAUGACAUGGACCACAAUCACAACUUUUUCUCUGUGUCGUCUGAUGGCAGAGUGGUGUCCUGGACCCUGGUCAAGAAUGAGCUGGUGUAUACAGACAUCAUUAAGCUGUCUUUAGAGGGUUCGCCAUCAGAUGGGACAGAAGGCAUGCAGCUGCCUACCAUGGCAUGUGGCACAUCGUUUGACUUCCAUAAGCAGAUAGACUACCUAUUCCUGGUUGGCACAGAGGAGGGGAAGAUCCACAAGUGCUCUAAAGCAUACUCUAGCCAGUUCCUGCAGACUUAUGAUGCCCACAACAUGGCUGUGGAUGCGGUCAAGUGGAACCACUUCCACCCCAAAGUCUUCAUCUCCUGCAGCUCUGACUGGACCGUCAAGAUCUGGGACCACACCAUUGACACACCCAUGUUCACCUUUGACCUGAACUCUGCGGUGGGGGACGUGGCCUGGUCUCCGUACUCCUCGACGGUGUUCGCCGCUGUCACCUCAGACGGAAGGGUCCACGUUUUUGACCUGAGCAUCAACAAAUAUGAAGCCAUCUGCCAGCAGCCUGUGGUGGCCAAGAAGAAGACCAAGCUGACACACAUCCAGUUCAACCCUGAGCAUCCCAUCGUCAUCGUCGGGGACGACCGUGGCUACGUCAACAGCCUCAAGCUCUCACCCAAUCUUCGCAAGAAGCCAAAGGUAAGCAGGCCAAGGCCAAAAGGGACACACAAUGGUAGUGCCGUCCAUUCUCCUUUUGGUCCCUCUAUGAUUUUUUUAUUUUUUUUUAUAUCAUUUUUUUGUCGUCAUAGCUACAUUCCAAUUAUCACAUAAUCAUUACAUAAUGAGUGCUGGACUUUAAAAGCCUUAUCCUGAGAUCCAGUAACAUUGCAAAUAUUUAUUUUGUUGUUUUGACAUUUUCAGUUAUGGACAUUGCCAUGAUCUUGCCAGCACAUUCUGUUUGUCUUUAAUUAGCUUGGCCAUGUAAAUGUCAACAUAACCUGUGUCACAUGGUGGGAUUUCUUUCUCCACUGCUGACAAACUCGUAAAUGGAGAGAAGUAAUGCUCCACAGAGCGCUAGUUGAUGAGGUUCCUCAGUUCCCCCCUGAGAGUGUUAUUGACGCGAUUCAUCAGCAAGUGUCCAUGGGAUCA